AUGCACAUCAGCAAUCUCCUAUCAGCUGCCACUCUUUGCGCAUUGGCGACAUCGGUAGCUGGCAAUCCCAAACCUCACAAUGACCUACCUAAGAGGCCUCAUGUUGUAGCUGCACCCUAUGGCACAGGCAAAGCCUUCCCACACUCUCCUCCACGAUCUACCAAGGACCUUUGCUAUGUGAAGCCUACCAAGGGAAAGAAGAAGGAUGACAGCCCUCGCAUCCUGAAGGCGUUCAAGAAGUGCAACAAAGGAGGAACCAUUGUGCUUGACAAGAACUACACCAUCGCUUCGCCACUGGACUUAACAUGGCUGUCUCAUGUCGACGUCGUCAUUACUGGCGAGAUCCAUUUCAAGUCUGAUCCUUACUACUGGGCCGAGAACAGCUUCAAAUAUGACUUCCAGAACAUGUCUUCUUUCUGGAAGAUUGGUGGCAAGGAUAUUAAUAUUUACGGGGAUUUGAGCAAUGACCAGUCUGUGCUUGAUGGUCAUGGUCAAGACUACUGGAAGGAGUAUGUAACCAAUAAGACUUUAAUGCGACCUAUUCUCUUGACCAUCGAAGAUGCUCAUGGACUUACCAUGUCAAACAUGAGAAUGCGAAACUCACCCAACUGGUUCAACAUCAUCAUCAACAGUACCGACGUGCUCAUCAGCGACCUCGAUCUCCGUGCCAAGAGCACUGACGGUGUCAAGAUUGCCAACUCUGAUGGCUGGGACACCUACCGUUCCGAUCGAGUUGUGAUCCAGAACUCAUACAUUGACAACACCGAUGUUGUCCAGAACCUUGUCUGCAAUGGCUCUCAUGGAAUCAGCGUCGGCUCGCUGGGCCAGUACAAGGGUAAAGUCGAUAUUGUGGAGAACCUGUACAUCUACAACAUCUCCAUGUCAAAUGCCAGUGACGGAGCUCGAAUCAAGGUCUGGCCCGGCGUUGAAAGCCUUUUCCAGGAUAACCUCAACGGUGGCGGAGGCCUUGGACGUGUGAGGAACGUCACUUAUGAUGGUUUCUACCACGAGAACAACGACAAUGCCAUCACCAUUACUCAAUGCUACGGUCAGAAGAACCAGACUCUUUGCAACCAGUUCCCGGCCAACCUGACUAUCGAGGACAUUACCAUGAAGAACUUCUGGGGUACAGUUUCAAAGAAGUUCGAUCCUCGAGCUGGGUCGCUGGUCUGCAGUGCACCUGACCGAUGCAGUAACAUUGUGGCUAAAAACAUCACCGUGGGUGUGCCUAGCAAGAAGCCGCCUGUCUACGACUGUUACAACCUUGACGAAAGUACUUUGGACAUCACUUGCCAGGAUCCCACUACGGAUCGGGACAUGACCAACGGUUAA